AUGUACGAACCGGUAUUUGCAAGUCAUGCUCCCUCCGUGGGAUGCAUCGAUAUAACCAAUGCGUCUAUCGUGGUUGACACAGAAGACUUCGAGGGUAUUCGUAUCGCCGCGGAAGCCCUCGCGGAAGACUUUGCGCGGGUUACGGGCCAAGCUGCUUCCCCGAUUAUUUCGAAUCCAAGCCAAGGCUCCACUGCAGAAGUCGCUGUUGUGGUGGGCAGUUUCACUCGGUCGCCCACCAUCCAGAAACUCAUUCAGGAAGGCAAGCUUGACGUAGCCGCGAUUGACGGGAAAUGGGAGUGUUACAUGACAGCGGUCCUUCACGACGCUAUUCAGGGAGUGACCAAAGCCCUUGUCAUUGCUGGAAGCGACAAAAGAGGUGCGAUCUACGGCUUGUACACGCUAUCCGAGCAGAUCGGAGUUUCUCCGUGGUAUUGGUGGGCCGAUGUACCCCCGAAGCAAAGCAGGGAGAUUUAUGCCUUAAAUGUUGUCACCAAGUAUGGGCCGCCAAGUGUGAAGUAUAGGGGAAUCUUCCUCAACGAUGAAGCUCCAUCCUUGUCUGGCUGGGUGCACGAGAAAUUCGGACCGAAGUUCAAUGUCGAGUUUUACAAGAGAGUUUUUGAACUCCUCCUUCGGCUCAAGGCGAACUUCCUGUGGCCUGCGAUGUGGUUCGGCUUUCCUCAUCCAGGAAGCAGCUUUUUCAUAGACGAUCCCCUGAACCAAGAGACAGCUGAUACAUAUGGUAUUGUGGUAUCCACCUCGCACCAUGAGCCAAUGCAGAGGGCGAUGAAUGAAUGGUUCGACCGUCCGUAUUAUGAACCAGAGAAAAGCUGGUCAUGGAUCAAAAACAAACCGAAGAUCACUAAGUAUUUCCAGGAAGGUGCUGAACGAGCAAGCAAAUAUGAGAGCUAUCUCACCAUGGGCAUGCGAGGUCAUGGUGAUAAAGCAAUGGAUGCUGAGGACCCACCCACUGUGCUCAAGGACGUUAUUUCCACCCAACGAUCUAUUAUCAAGAACACGUACGGAGCGGAAGAUGGCGUGCAUCAGCUAAUGGCACUGUACAAGGAAGUCCAAGAGUAUUACGACAACGGGCUCCCCAUCCCCGAGGACAUUACACUCUUGUUCGCUGAUGACAAUUUUGGCGCUGUCCGCAGGUUACCAUCGGGUGCGGAAUCGACAAGGCGUGGGGGAGCAGGUAUCUAUUACCACCUAGAAUAUGUCGGGGUUCCGAGAAGCUACAAGUGGCUCAAUAGCAACUCGUGCGGGAAGAUUUGGCAGCAGCUAGAACAAACGUACAAUCGAGGAGCCAAGGACAUCUGGGUCUUUAACGUGGGAGAUCUGAAGCCGAUGGAGGUUCCUUUAACCUUCGUUCUCACGCUUGCCUGGGAUGUGGGAAACCUGGGAAUGCAUCAACUGCAGGAGUUUUUCUGUGCCUUUGCGGAAAACAAUUUCCAUCUUGGGUCGGCCGUGUCGCAACAGUGCUCGGAAUUGCUGUUAAAGUAUGACCGGUUAGUCGCCCUUCGGAAGCAUGAGCACAUAGAACCAGAGACAUUCUCUCUCAUCAAUUAUGGGGAAGCGGGGAGUAUUCUGCAUCGUUGGCAAGAGCUCUUGAGCCAAGCGGAAGAAGUCGAAAGAUCGAUUCCCGCGCCCAUGAUGCCUGCGUACUUUCAGCUCAUCCUUCAUCCGAUUAAAGCCAGUUAUAUCUAUGUUGCACUCAGGGUUGCGCAAGCGAAGAAUCAACUGUACGCCAUUCAACGACGCAACACAGCGAAUUCGUGGGCGUACGAGGCGCUCCGCCUCUUUGAGGAGGACUUUAACCUCAGUGAGGAAUAUCAUUCUCUUCUCAACGGGAAAUGGAGUCAUAUCAUGCGCCAGCCCCAUUAUGGCUAUACACGGUCAUGGCACGCUCCGUCUCGCGACAUGAUCAACGGCCUCUCUUUCGUACAAAACCGACAAGACUCAAACCCCAUAGUUGGCUGGGUUGGCAUCGCUGUCGAUGGGCACCCCGGUGUUCGACCGGGGCUCACUAAUGAAGAAUCCGAUCGUACUCAUCCUAGCCGUCGCGAUCAUGUUGCGGGAGUGACGCUGCCCCCUAUGGAGCCCUAUGGACCCAAAUCUCGCUACUUCGAGAUUUAUUGUCGAGGCAGCAAAUCCGUAUCCUGGGCUCUCACAUCGCCGCACCACUGGCUGACUCUCUCGCCAUCCUCGGGAACUAUCCAGCCAAAGGGCAGAGACGAACUUGUGACGGUGUCCAUAGACUGGCAACAAGUACCGAGUCAUUUUGACGAUAUGCUGCUUGUCGACUUACGUUCUUCGUUGGGCGAUUUCGAGCAGAUUCACAUCCCAGUAACAAGCCGAUCGCUCGCUGCGGAUCUCACUGGAUAUGUAGAAGCAGAUGGGCAUGUUUCAAUCUAUGCCACAUCGUUCAUAGAUUCGCUCUCAUCCUCAUAUCGUAUCCUUCCAUCCAUAGGUCGCACGCCGACCGGUGGCGUUGCUCUGGCUGUCGGCACUCCAGCAUCGCAUGCAGACUAUCUCCAAUACCCGUUUAUUACAUUCACAUCAGUAGCCAGUGCGACACUGAUCCUCGAGUUCACACUUACUUUGGACACCGAUACCACCUCCCCCAUCACAUACAGCGUUCAGGUUGACGAUGGGACUCUAGCGUCGCACCGCUUGGUGGCCCAGGUAGAAAAGCCUGGCAAGCUACCUGAUGGGUGGCACGACUCAGUCAUGAACAACGUCUGGACUCGCCAUCAUUCGGUAGACCUUAGCAUUCCUGGCCUGCACACACUCCGUAUCCGGCUUCAGAAUGAAAAUUGCGUCUUGGAGAAGAUUGUGGUGAAUCUCGGUGGUGUACGCGAGAGUUAUCUUGGUCCCCCACAAAGCUUCUUUCAUCUUGGCAAAUAG